GCCGGGUCCCCCCCCGGGUGCCGGCGGAGGCGGGAGCGCGCAGAGCCGGCGCAGCCCCGCGGGGGCCGGUGUCGCGCUCCGCCGCUGCCGGGCCGGGCCGGUUGGUAGCGGGGGGGGGGGGGGGGGGAUUUGCCGGCGGGGCUCCCCCCGCUCCCCUCCGGCACCGCCCGCCCUGCGGCAGCUGCCCGGCCCCGGCAUGGCCUCGGGCAAGGCGGCGGGAGAGCGGCGCUGGGAGCUGGUGCGCUGGUACGUGCGAGAAGGCCGCUUUCGGAUCGAGGAGAGGACGCUGACGGCUUUCCACUGGCUGUACUCGCCCCACCAGCACUGCAUCGUCAGCCGGGCAGACCUGGGCUCGCCCAGCAGGAUCGACAAGACGAUGCUCGCCAGCCUGAAGAUCAAGAAACAGGAGCUGCUGAACAGCGCGGAUGUGACCGUCCCGGAGCGGCCGCUGUCCCCCCCCCUCACCGCCCCGCCGACCAUGAAGUCUGCAGAAUUCUUCGAAAUGCUGGAAAAAAUGCAGGCACCAAAACUUGAAGAACACAGGACUGGAAGCCAAAAACAUAAGGAGGACUACAUCCCGUACCCCAGCAUCGAUGAGAUCCUCGAGAAGGGCAGCCCCUACCCGCUGAUCAUCCUGCCCCAGUUCGGGGGAUACUGGAUCGAGGACCCCGAAAACCUCGGCACGCCCACCUCAUCCGACAGCAGCAUCUGCGAGGAGGAGGAGGAGAACCUCAGCCCCAGCGCCUUCGGCUACAGGCUGGAGUGCAAAGGAGAGGCCAGAGCCUACAGGAAGCAUUUCCUGGGGAAGGAUCAUUUAAAUUUUUAUUGUACAGCCAGCAGCCUCGGAAAUCUGAUCCUUUCUAUUAAGUGUGAGGAGGCAGAUGGCACGGAAUAUUUAAGGAUUAUACUCAGGUCCAAAGUGAAGACGUUGCAUGAAAGGAUUCCCCUGGCAGGAUUUAGCAAGCUCCCUAGUAUCCCCCAGAUUGCAAAGGCCUUCUGCGACGACGCCUCCGGGCUGAAGUUUAACCCGGUUCUGUACCCCAAGGCGUCCCAGAUGAUAGUGUCCUAUGAUGAACACGAGGUCAACAACACGUUCAAGUUCGGUGUGAUCUACCAGAAGUUCAGGCAGACCCAAGAGGAGGAGUUGUUCGGCAAUAAUGAGGAGAGCACUGCCUUCAAGAACUUCUUGAGUUUUCUGGGAGACACCAUAACACUCCAGGACUUCAAAGGUUUUCGAGGAGGUCUGGAUGUCAGCCACGGGCAGACGGGAGCAGAGUCUGUGUACACGGUGUUCAGGGACAGGGAGAUAAUGUUUCAUGUCUCUACAAAGCUGCCUUUUACCGAAGGAGACACGCAACAACUCCAGAGGAAGAGGCACAUCGGCAAUGACAUUGUGGCGAUUAUCUUCCAAGAGGAGAACACGCCGUUUGUCCCGGACAUGAUUGCUUCCAAUUUCCUGCACGCCUACAUUGUCGUGCAGGUGGAAAACCCCGAGGCAGAGAACACGGCGUACAAGGUGUCGGUCACGGCCCGGGAAGACGUCCCGUCCUUCGGCCCACCCCUGCCGAGCCCGCCGGUGUUCCAGAAGAGCCCCGAGUUCCGGGAGUUCCUGCUGACCAAGCUCAUCAACGCCGAGAACGCCUGCUGCAAGUCCGACAAGUUUGCGAAGCUGGAGGACCGGACACGGGCCGCCUUGUUGGACAACCUUCACGACGAGCUCCACGGGCACACGCAGACCAUGCUGGGGCUGGGGCCCGAGGAGGACAAGCUGGAGAACGGGGGUCACGGAGGCUUCCUGGAGUCCUUCAAGAGAGCCAUCCGGGUGCGCAGCCACUCCAUGGAGACGAUGGUGGGCAGCCAGAAGAAGCACCACGGCGGCGGCAUCCCGGGCAGCCUCAGCGGGGGCAUCGCGCACAACAGCGGCGAGGUGACCAAGACCACCUUCUCGCCCCCUGUACCAGCAGCUGCCACCAAGAACCAGUCCAGGAGCCCCAUCAAGCGCCGCUCGGGGCUGUUCCCUCGCCUGCACACGGGCUCGGAGAGCCAGGCAGAGAGCAGGACAAGGUGUGACAGUGUUUCUGGAGCCCAGAAGACACCAGAUUUGGGACAUUCUUCCCAAGAGAUGAAAUCUGAAACCUCGUCCAACCCCAGCUCCCCUGAAAUAUGCCCCAACAAAGACAGGCCGUUUAUUAAGCUGAAAGAGAACGGGAGGUCGAACAUCUCCCGUUCCUCCUCGAGCACCAGCAGCUUCAGCAGCACGGCGGGGGAGAGCGAGACCUUGGAGGAGUACGACAGCGUGGGAAGCCAGCCGUCGACGGCGUCGCCGUUCAAGCAGGACGUGUUUGUCUACAGUGCCUCACCCGGCAGCGAGAGCCCGAGCGUGGGGGCCGCGGCCACCCCCGUCAUCAUGAGCAGGAGCCCCACAGCAGAUAUAAAGAACAGAAACUCUCCAAGGUCAAACCUGAAGUUUCGCUUCGACAAGCUCAGCCACGGCAGCUCCAGCACGAGCCACUAGCAGGAAGGAGGAGUCAUGAACUUGUAAAAGAGAAUUUUUAUUUCAGCAAAGGGAAAACUCUUCAGCAUCCUGUGGGAAAACGCAGGCCCCGGCCGCGGGCCGCGAGGUGCCCUCCCCUCCCGGCUGCACCUCUGUGCUGGGAAGAUGCUCUCGCCUUGCCGCCACCUCUGCCCCGGCAGGGACCCAGCCACCUUCCCACCGGGUGCCCCCCUCGCCACCAAACGCCCCGCACCCCUCCCGCUGCGCCGUGCCCUCUGCCGUGCCGUGCCGUGCCGUGCCGUGCCGUGCCGUGCCACCCCACGGGUGCUGCGGCUGAUGGGUGCUGGAUGGGCACCAUCCAUCCCCGCUCCCAGCUCCUCUCGGGCAGAGGGGAAGCAGGAUGGACCCCCGGCGCCGUUCAGGUCCCUCCAGGCUUUAUUUGCAGCUAUCUGUGGGGAAGCAGGGGGCUUGCGUUUGUUUUUUUGGAAGGGCAAAACGAUGCGUUUGCUUGGCCCUGGGGCAGUUCCCCUCCAUCAUUUGCGGUCGCUCUUCCCUGGGCAGAGACAACGGGGCAGAAUUUCCCCCCGCGGCUCUGCCCAGCGCAGCGGGGCCGCGGCAGCUCACCAGCCGCCCCUGCUGCCGCCCCCUCUCCAGCUCGCUACCCCCAUCGCUAAACUUUUAGGGCAGCUGCAGCCUCUCCCUCCAUACGUAUUGGAUUUCUGGCACGUGAGGAGGGCGUGCGAACCAGUCCCGAGGGGGCAGAGCUGGUGCCUGGGGCCGGCUCAGCCUCUCGUCUGCUUCGGAUGUGGUUUGUACAGCCACCCUGCUUUUUCCCUGCCCAAAACUCUGAGCACAGGCCUGGAAAAGAUUAACCAAAGCUAAAGCUGUAGUACAUCUAAAUACCAGAACUGGUACUCAGGGUGGAUUUACCUGGUGGGCUGUGCUUUACCUUGCGGAUUGGAAGCGUGCAGAACUCCAGGGAUUUGGAUGGCAUUAGGCUGCUCCACCCUUUGCAGAAUCUGUCCCGCUGCUUUUGAAUGUGCUUUUGUUUAUUUUGAAAGACGAGGAUUAUGAAUUCUGCAAUGCCCUUUUCCAAAAAAUACCUCUCUCAACAUGACAAGAAAUCCUUUUGCUAUUUUAUGGAACUUUGUCUAAAAUUCACUGAAGUCUGUCCAUGAAUUUCACGUUGCUCAUAGAUUUCCCUUUCCAGUUUUUUGAAAGUUAGGCUGCAAUGCCGCAGAGAUGCUCCCUCCCCCUUACCACAGUCUGUGACCUUUGCAGAAACCCCCACGAAAUAAGGUUCUCAAUCUCAAGUGAAAGUAAUUCUUCGAGUUCGUGAUUCCUAAUGAAAACAGAGCGUUGAGUGCCAAAGUUAACUUCCCGGGGCCGGAGCUCCGAGGGGCGCAGGAGCGUCCGGCAGCCCCUCUGAGCACUGCACAACCUACAGCACCCGGGGGGUUCCCCGGGCUGCUCCGGGCGAUGCACCCCCCUGGGGUGGCAAACCAUCACCUCCCCCUGCCCCCCCCGGCCAGAGCCGAGCCACGCCGAACCGGCUCUGCUCGCCCAGGCUCCGCACGGUCCUACCCCACAACCUUCAAACCCGGUUCACGCCGGUGCUCCCACCUGUGCACGUGAUUUCUCCAUUUGGGAAGGGAAGGCUGGAGCCCCAGUGGGAGAGGAACCGGAAUAAAGGGGGAAAACACAUUGUGGAAAAGGCAGAGAACAGUUUCACGGGCACUAAAUGCGCCGUGGAGGACUGGUGAAUGGCGAUAACCACCAGUGGGGGCCUGUCCCCUCCUGCUUUCAGUGAGUUACGUUUAAAUAGAGUUUGAAUCUCGAGGUUUCCUGUGGAAGAGGGAAAGCACGGUGUGCUUGGCCCGGGCCGUAGCUAGCUCUAGGCGUCUCAGGUUCCACAUACUUUGCUGUUCAGCACUUCUGUCUGACGAUGCUUCGGUAGCACUUUCAGACCCACCCCCAGUUUUUCCUCUUAGAAGCUUUUGGUCUGGUUUUCUUAUGCCGCACAGUGAAAUACUGAUUGGUGCAACGACUUGCUUUGAGGGUCUGUUCUUGGUUUUGCUUUUUUCCCCUGAGAAGUUGCUUGAUUCCAUAGACGUCGUCAUUGGCAUGGGUGUUGAUCUCUGUGAGAUCUUUCAGCAGAAGGUGCUGUGGCUACUGUCGGCUGGGUUUUCAUUUUUGGUGGUUUGUUUGUUUGUUUUAACUUGAAACUCUGACUUUCCUUUUUGACCUAGGUUGAUUUGUAGAAUUCCUCGGACGGGGUUAGCGGGCAGGCAGGGCAGCGUGGGGCCCCAGGGAGAGCCACGCAGCGCGUUGGACUCGCCUUUCCCCGCGCCAGCCCGCUGGAACGGCAGCGGGGCCCGGAGCCAAGCUCUGGCACAGAGUUUGCCCGUGGCUCCUGUGUGCUGCGGGACAUUUUCAACAGCACUCCUCACGGCGGGCUGCAAAAACCGACUGCAGCAUCCUCGAUAGCAGCUGGGCUUCUAAAGCUCCUGUCCUAGCCCGGCUCUGGCGUGGCUUCUCCCUCGCCGCGUGCGUGGUGGGCUCCUCUCAGCCCCCGGAUUGUCCCGUAGCGGUGCUGGGGACUGACCAGCAGUUGUGUUAAACCUCGGAGGCGUUUGCACUUCCAGCAGCGGGUGAAGGUGUCCCUGUAUAUAUAUUACAAAAUGUUUUGUGCUUGUAAGUGACACACACAUAUAUAUACAUAUAUAAAAGUGAGAUAUAUGUAUGUAUAUAUAGAGAUAGAUAUAUAUAAAAGAAAGGAUCCUUAACUGACACUAAAAUUAUCGAGCAGUGCAUUUUCCUUUCUGAUCCCCACCGUUUCCAUGCACGUAACUCCUACCAGACUCGGGCGUGACUUCGCACAGGGAGCAGAAGGGGCUCGCAGACGCGGCUGGGGAGGAUGGGGGAGCCCCGGCUGCCUGGGGAGGUCUCCCUGGUGGGGGGGGGGGUUGCCCCCCUUCUCGCCGGGGUUUUGGUCCCCUGCUUGCCCCUGCCGCAGCCUGGCAGCUCCCGACCGUGGUGGGGGGCAGAGGCAGAGGCAGAGGCAGGGCAGGUCCGGGCCCUGCGUCCCAGCAGCAGUGCGGGGGGGACCCCGCUCCCCCCGGCCAGCGGCUCCUGCCCCAGCCCUGGGGAGAGCUGGCAGCGAGCGGCGUCUGUGCCGGGAAGCGCUUGGCACGUACCCGCAUCCUCUUGAAAUCCCACCGAGUCAAAGCACAGGAUUCCACUUAAGCACAACAUGCAAGUGCUGUUUUUCUGAGCGAAAAGGGGGGGCGGGUCCUAAGCACAAACUCAGUUUCUUUCUAGAGGUUGGAGGGUCUUCAGGAGUGGCGGGUGAAGGGGCCGGGGUACGUCGCUGGGGCGGAUGGGCUGGGUCACUGGGGCUGAGGCGGCUCGGCUGUCUUCAGCUUGGCGGCGAGAGGUGCCCAGCGCUGGUAACUGCUUGGCAAACCGGCGGCUGCCCGGUCAGAGCUCAGCACCCCUGCGGAUCGCACCUUGCGCUCGCGUCGCUUCGCUCGUAUCCCAACUUCUGUUCCACUGGAGCUGGCAGAGAGUCCGUCGUUCCCCAGUCCUAGAGCAUGCUUGCAUUAUGUUUUAAUGAAUGUAGCACUGCGUAUAUCCUGCAAAGGGAAAUGCUGAAUUUAUAUCAUUAGAAUGUGAAGAGAGUUUAUAGAGUGAAAAUAAAUAUUGGAGAAAUGUAUCUGACAAAGUUUAUUUUUUAUGUAGAGAGGCGGUGCUUUGUAGUUCCUGGUGGCCUAUGUCUGUUGUAAAUAAUGUACAUUUAAUUUAUUGCUAUGGUAGCAGAUUGUAUUUGUUAUGUAUAAAACUAAAGGUUCCACAAA